CCUUCAUCGAUUGCUCUGCGGAGCUCGCAUGAGCGCCCUUUAAAUACUCGUGUCUUUCCAUUCCAUAUCCCGCGUCAAGUCAGAGCAGUCCAUGGCUUCUCCUGCAUUAGGUCGGCUUGUGCCGGCAAUCUCAAGAUUGGCCACAAAAGGAAUCGUUGUACCGCGGUCAUCAGUCAAGCCCCAGCUGGCUCAAUGGACCACCAACCCUACUGCAAGGUCAUUUUCUGCGAGACCUGCUUUAUUCGUAAAGAAAUACACAGAGGAUCAUGAGUGGAUAGAGCUCGACAGCGACGGCAAGACAGGAACCAUAGGCAUUACCGAGUACGCGGCUAAGGCGCUGGGAGAUGUGGUCUACGUCGAACUUCCCGAACUAGGCAUGGAAGUGACCAAGGGCGAUACAAUCGGCGCAGUCGAGUCCGUCAAGUCCGCCUCCGACAUCAUGACACCCGUGUCAGGCAAGAUCUCAGACCAUAACAAGUUGUUGGAAGAGAAGCCAGGAACAAUCAACAAGAGCCCCGAGUCUGAGGGUUGGCUAGCGAAGAUCGAAGUCACUAAUUUGAACGAGCUCGACAGUCUCAUGAGCAAAGAGGACUAUGAUAACUUUGAGAAAGAAUGAGUGGUGUCGGUGGUACAAGAACAAACACAAUUGCUUCCUUGAAAUUGGGCCGCUCGCCAAGUACAUAAGGGGAACAUCCACUAGCGGUGGCCCUUCCAGCUACUUGCUCACUGAUCUUGUUCUCCCUGUUGCCCAUGCAAACCACUAACACUGGUAUCUUCGAUGUUGUGACGAUGUCUCUCAGGAUGGAUAUCAAAAUCAGCCUCGUGUGCAUCAUCGCUAUCAGCUUCACCAAGAAAUGCAGCGUUCCUGGCGUCCAGGCUUUCUUGCUUGUCCCCCUCGGCGGCUCUUCGUGCCUCAAACCCGUCGUCACUGUCGGCCUCGCCCAGGAAGGCUGCGUUGUUUGCAUCCAAAGGGGGAACGCUGUCUCCUUCUAUAGUCUUGCGCACCUCGAAGUGAUCAUCCGAGUCCGCCUCACCCAAGAAUGCCGAAUUUUCCGCUUCGAGGGCAGGUUGAGGUGCCCCAUGAGCCUCUCGAACGGCAUCGUGCCCUUCAUUGCUAUCAGCUUCACCCAGGAAUGCAGCGUGCUUGUUGUCUGCAAACACUUCGGCUUGAGGGGGC